ACAAGUCAUAGACCAAAAGAUAAACUUAACUUAUUCAAUUUCCAUGGUAUUAAAUAGAAAGAUCCAACGUUUAUUUUAAGUACCAAAAUGGAUAAAAGUGAAAAGAAAUCCGAAGAAGUUGUCUCGGAAAAUAAUUCAAGUGAACAUGACAUUGAUGUUUCAGAAGAUAAACAAUACAUUUGUGAUAUUUGUCAAGAGGCAUUUACACUAGAAUCAAGUAUGUUAUCACAUCGAAAUACAAUUCAUAAUGAAAAAAAAGAUUUUGCAUGUGAUAGCUGCGAUAAAAAAUUUGAGUUCCGAAGUCAUUUAAGUAGACACCAAAUAUCGGUACACAAAAACCGCAACGAUUUUACAUGCGACAUGUGCGAGAAAAAAUUUGUGAAGAAAUCAAGUUUGUUUGCGCAUCAAAAAUUAAUACAUAAAGAUGGUAAAAAUUACUCCUGUAAAAAAUGCGAGAAGAAAUUUGAAAAUAAAUCAACUUUACUCAAGCACAAAAAAAUAUUCCACGAAGUCUUCAAAGAUUUCUUAUGUGAAAAUUGUGCAAAGAGAUUUGGAAAUAAACAGAGUUUGCUCUUGCACAUAAAGAAAGUACACAACAAGCCUGAGGAGAAAAUUGGAAAAAAAUUUAAAUUGAUGAAACGCCGUAAGACAGUCCACGGAGAUCGCAAAGAUUACACAUGUGACAAAUGCCAUAAGAAAUUCAUAAAUCGAAGCAAUUUACAAAAACAUAAAAAAAUAGUCCACGAAGGUCGCAGAGAUUAUGCCUGCAACAAUUGCGAGAAGAAAUUUACACAAAAUUCGAGUUUGCUCAUUCACCUAAAAACAGUACACGAUGGUCGUAAAGAUUACGCAUGCAACAUGUGCGAGAAGAAAUUUGGGAAAAAAUGGGAUUUGCACAUACACCGAAAGUCGGUGCACGAAGGUCGAAAAGAUUUCGAAUGUGACAAGUGUGAGAGGAAAUUUACGCAAAAACCGAGUUUGCUCUACCACCAAAGGACAGCACACGAAGGUCGUAAAGACUAUACGUGCAAAAAGUGCGAACAGAAAUUUGGACAAAACUCGGAUUUAUUGAAGCAUCAAAAGACAGUGCAUGAAGGUCGCAAAGAUUACGCAUGUGAAAAGUGCGAGAAGAAAUUUGGGGAUCGAAGCAAUUUGAAAAGACACCGAAAAAUAGUUCACGAAGGAUGCAAAGAUUUUGCUUGCAACAAUUGCGAAAUGAAAUUUGGAACUAAAAGAGAUUUGUUCGUGCACCAAAACACAGUCCAUGAAGGACGAAAAGAUUACGCAUGUGAAAAAUGCGAGAAGAAAUUUAGCCGUAAAUGGAAUUUACUCGACCAUCAAAAAAGGGUACACAAAUGUCGCAAGGAUUUCGCAUGUGAUAUUUGUGAGAAAAAAUUUACACAAAAAUCGAGUUUGCUUUAUCACCAAAGGACAGUACACGAACGUCGCAAAGAUUACAUAUGCGACAAGUGUGAAAAGAAAUUUGGAUAUAAAAAUUCUUUGUUUUUGCAUGCAAGAAUAGUUCAUGAAGGACGCAAAGAUUUGGCAUGCGACAAAUGCGAGAAGAAAUUUGGACGAAAACCGAAUUUGCUCAGACACCAAAAAACAGUACACAAAAUUUUCUCGGUAGUGAAGUUCCGAAGGUUGCUGAUACAGCUCUGCACUUUCCUUUCAAAAACUAAGAAGCAAGAGGAACCGUCCGAUGAUUGGUCAGGUGUAGGCGACAAUCCUGACGAUCGAGUGGACUCGUGCACAGUCGAAAACUUUGAAAAUCAAUUAACGAUAAAUGAACCAUCGGCCAAUAACACGAAUGAGUCUAUGCCAUUACAGGAGGGGUUAGACGGGAUAAUUUUGGUGGAUUUCGAUAGCAAAAAUGUAAAAAAUGAAGUUGAGUUUUCAUCUACAUCCAUCUGCAAAACUGUGAAUCAAAUUUGUCAACCUAUUGUGAAAUUAGAAAACGAAACUCAGACCCAUGACAUCAAUGACGAUAUUGGCAUCGAUUUCGAGUGCAGGGAUGUUAAGCUUGAAGUAAAACCCUCAUUGACAAACAUCAGUCCAUCUACUGUGAAAACAGAAAAUCAAAAUCGAACAAAUCACUCGAAAGAAAAAAGUUUGAUAAUUUUAAUAAAAAAAGGAUUCGAUUACGUUAAUAACUGUCAAUUUAUCAGUGGAGAAGCAAAUAUGAAACCGACUCACAAGGGCAUUGGAGCACUUGAAUGUAAAAUUUGCAACAGGUCAUUUGCAAACAAACAAAACUUAAAAAAGCACAUAAGUACAGUACAUAAGCGGAGCACACCCUUUGAAUGUAAGAUUUGUAACAAAUCAUUUGUACAAAAGAGUAGCCUCAAAAGGCACAUAGUUACAGUACAUAAGCGGAGCAAAACCUCUGAAUGUAAGAUUUGUAACAAAUUAUUUGGACAAAAGAGUAGCCUCAAAAGGCACAUAAUGGCAGUACAUGAGAGGAGCAAACCCUUUGAAUGUGAUAUUUGUCAGAAAUUAUUUGGACGAAAAAGUGAACUUGAAUCUCACAUAAGUUUAGUACAUCUUCGUAGUAAAGCCUUUGAAUGUGAUAUUUGUCACAAAUCAUUUGGACUAUCAAGUAACCUCAAACGUCAUGUCAACGCAGUACACGAUCGUAGCAAAACCUUUGAGUGUAAAAUUUGUCUUAAUUCAUUUAGUCAAAAACAUCAUCUCAAAUAUCACAUAAAUUCCGUACACAAUCAUAGCAAACCUUUUGAAUGUGAUAUUUGUCACAAAUCAUUUGGGCACAAAAGUCAACUCACUACUCACAUGAAGGCGGUACAUAAACGCGAAAAACCUUUCGAUUGUGAGAUUUGUCAUAAAUCAUUUGGAUAUCAGAAUGUACUGAAAAGACAUAGAGCAACAGCUCAUAAUCUUGGAAAUCCCUUUGAAUGUGAUAUUUGUCACAAAUCAUUUGGACUAUUAGGUGUCCUCAAACGUCAUGUCAACGCAGUACACAAUCGUAGCAAAACCUUUGAGUGUGAUAUUUGUCACAAAUUAUUUAGUCAAAAACAUCAUCUCAAAUAUCACAUAAAUUUCGUACACAAUUAUAGCAAACCUUUUGAAUGUGAUAUUUGUCACAAAUCAUUUAGAUACAAAAGUCAACUCACUACUCACAUGGAGGCAGUUCAUAAACGUGAAAAACCUUUCGAUUGUGAGAUUUGUCAUGAAUCAUUUGGAAACAAGAGUGAUCUUAAAAGGCACAAGAUGACUGUACAUGAUAGAAGAAAUACCUUUGAAUGUGACAUUUGUCACAAAUCAUUUGGAUAUAAGAGUGUCCUCAAUAGACACAUAAAUGCAGUACAUAAUCGGAUCAAACCUUUUGAAUGUGAAAUUUGUCACAAAUUAUUUGGAUACAAAAAUGUACUCAAAAACCAUAUAAUGACGAUACAUAAUGAAAGCCAACCUCAGGAGUGUGAAGUUUAUUCGAUGCAUUUUGGACGCAACGAAGACUUUUGCAAUCAGUCGGGUUACGCUAUGUAAUUUUAGACAAUCUUUCUUAUAAACAAUAAAGCAUUUCAAACUGUCA